AUGUAUCCAAACAUAGACCCAGACAAGCUUGCUAGAGCUCUGAAUAUUUCCAGCGACUGCGUCGUUGCCUUAAAUCGAACCCUCCCAGAAUGUGACCAAGACCUUUUCCAAAUGGUUGGUGAUUUCGAAAACUUCUGGUGGGAAGAUGACAAUAUCACGACGCUAUGUUUGGGCAAUUGCCAAAAGAAUACUUCAGACUGGAUGUUUGAUCUCUAUUCAGAAUGCAAUGGAGAUUAUAUCUCGGCGUAUGGCAAGCAGCUUGCGGCGAGUUCUAUUGGGGAGCGUUACAAUGAUGGCAUGAAUCUCGUAUGCCAGCCCUCAAACUCCGCAAAUUUUACCUGGUGUCUUACCGAGUCGCAAGAAUGGGUAGGCUCUGAUAUAGUUCGGGUGGAUUGCUCUGUGAACCCCGGAGACCCUACGUGUGGUGGUGAUGCUUCGGAAAUACCUGCCGCAAAUAUGCGCAUGGCAAAUAUCUAUAGCGAUGAUAUCGGGUCCGGCAAGCUAUGCAAUGAAUGCUUCAUUGCGUUGCUCUACGAGCGUGUAACGUCUAGUCUUUUAACCAAUGAGGACUAUUCCGACUACCUCGUUGACCAGCUCCAGGACAUAGGAGAUAUAUGUAGUACUAGCAUUCGCCCACUCACCUUACGCGCUAUUACCACAUAUGAUCCCGCACCCCCAAUAACUUCAAUCUCUCUCAAUAAUGGUUCUACGCCGACGACAUCAAUACCACCGGCCGCAAUCACUUGCGCAGGCCAGACAGUAUCAAGUGGCUCCGGGUGCGACGGUCUAUCUACUCAAUAUGGUAUUGCUACUGGGGAUUUACAGGUCGCAACUAAUAGCAGCACCUGUCAAGUCACCGCCGCCGUAUGUCUUCCAGCGGCCUGUACUGUACAGCAAGUUGCAAACGGACAGACAUGUGACACUCUUGCUUCGAGCUUCAAGAUAACAGCGGUCCAGUUCCUUAGCUGGAACCGAAAUAUUUUGGGACUGUGUGAUAAUCCCACGUUGGGCCAAUAUGUCUGCGCUAGCGCGCCCGGAACUAACAGCAGCUACGUACUACCACCGCCGCCACUUGGUACCGACGCCGAUGCUGGAAAUCAACAGAGGGGCGGUCCGGGAGGCGUCGUAACACCAACUUCUACCGUUUCAACAACCAUAACGGAUCCCGCAUCUCAAGGGUCAGCCUCAGCGCCAUCACCAACACAAGACGGCCUCGUAAGCAACUGCAACAAUUACGCCAUCGUGAAAACCGGCGAUACCUGUUUUGACUUUGCGAAAGACCAUGGCGUAACUACGGACCAACUCUACGCAUGGAACCCUGUGCUCGGCCUCAACGGUGCCAACUGCUCGACCAACUUCUGGGCAAGCGAAUACUAUUGCAUCGGAGUCUGGGCAACAGCUACUACGUCCGUGACUGCCCCCGGACCGACGCAAUCGGGCAUCGUCGCCAACUGCGAUAAAUACGCUCAGACGCAGCAAGGCGACGGUUGCGACACAUUCGCGUCGCGGAAUAGUAUUUCCAAUGCGCAGCUGUACGCGUGGAACGCGGUGUUAGGGAGCAAGGGAGAGAACUGCGGAUCGUCGCUUUGGGCCAAUGAGUGGUAUUGUGUGGGUAUAUCGGCACCGCCGGCUUCUCCUACCACUAGUACCCGUAGUAGUAGUACGACGAAGGUGACAGCUCCAGGUCCGACGCAGACUGGUAUUGCGGACAAUUGCAACAAGUACGCCGAGGCGGCUGUAGGCGACACAUGUAGUGGUUUCGCGACGAAGAAUGGUAUUACUACCACACAGCUGUACGCUUGGAAUACGGUAUUAGGCGCCAAUGGGGAGAAUUGUGCCUCGUCGUUUUGGGGGAAUGAGUAUUACUGCGUGGGUACCUCUUGAUAACGGAGAUGUCGAAUUAGCUCCACAGAAAUUCUCAAGUUAUGAUAAUUAGAAUAACGCCGUGCCCAUCCCAUGAUGUCGAUCCCAAUGGUCGUAUAAGUACCAAGGAGACUCACGAAGCCAUAAACAUAUCUCAUCCCUUCCAUUUUUCAGGUAACCUUGAACCCAUCCUAAGCUCCCAGAGUUUCCUGUCAAAUCUUUGCUCCCUCAAAGCCACAGCAUCACCCGCGUACUUAAAAGUCUUCCCGGACACCUGAACUGGAGCCCUCCCGUCCGUAAAAUAUAUAAGACAAGGCGCAAGCUUAUAUGCAUUUGUCUCAUAGUAUGCCAG